GUCCCUCCUGCCUCUCCGUCCGAGCCUCAGCUCUGUUUCAAAAUGGCCGCGCUCAGAGGCAGAGGGGUGCCUGUCUGUCUAACGACCUGUUUCUUUAAACAGACACAUGUACAGAGCCUUUCUACGGCGCUGCCAGUGUGGACGCGGAGCGGGUAUUUUGAACAGAGAUCACAUCUUCACACAGUCAGAAGAAGCAGGGGUCCUUUAAUCCAGGCUCUGGGUGGGUGUCACAGUCAUGGACGGUUACUACUGGUCAGUGCUGUGGCAGUCCGCCAUAACAGCUCACAGACGGCUGGUGAAACAGUUCCUGCUGUUAGCCCAGCAGCAGAUGUCUCACCGUCUGCUCCAGUAUCUGUACCUGUCACGGACCCCACACCAAUAGUCACACAGCCAAUCACAGAACAAGUAACUGAGGCCCCUCUCAUGGCAUUGGAUAUCCUGCAGGGGGCAGGAGCAGAGCCCAGCCUAGCAGAAUUGGGUCUUGGCAGCUUUACACCUGUGGGCCUGAUUCAGAACUUACUGGAGUUCAUGCAUGUUGGCAUCGGGCUGCCAUGGUGGGGUGCCAUUGUUGCAGGCACCAUCAUAGCUCGUUGUGCAGUGUUUCCGGUCAUUGUAAAGGGCCAGAGGGAGGCAGCCAAGCUAAACAAUGUCCUCCCAGAGAUGACCAAGCUCACAAAUCGCAUGAAUGAGGCCAAGCAGAGUGGCAACAAGUUUGAGUUCUCAAAGGCGUAUUCUGACAUGAUGUUGUUCCAAAAGAAGCAUGAUGUGAACCCUCUCCGAGGGUUCCUGGUGCCUUUGGUGCAGGCACCAGUUUUUAUCUCAUUUUUCAUUGCCUUGCGUAAGAUGGCCUAUCUCCCAGUGCCCAGUCUGCAAACUGGAGGAUUAUGGUGGUUCACAGAUCUAACUGCAGCAGAUCCAUAUUAUAUCCUCCCACUGGCUGUCACUGGGACAAUGUUUGCAAUCCUAGAGUUGGGAGCGGAGUCUGGUGUGGACAACCCUAAUCUGAGAGCAAUGAAGACUGUCUUCAGAAUUAUGCCAUUUGUCAUCUUGCCCAUGACUAUCAACUUCCCUACGGCGGUGUUUACCUACUGGAUGACUUCGAACCUCUUCUCUCUCGGCCAGGUGGCCCUACUGAGGCAUCCUGCGGUGAGGCGGAAAUUUCGCAUCCCAGACCGCAUCACUCAUCCUCCUUCUGCCCUGCCUCCCAAUGAGGGCUUCAUUGAGAGCAUCAAGAAGGGUUGGAAAAAUGCUCAGUUGGCUCAGCAGCUGGAGGAGAGAGAGCGGAGGAUUAAAGGACACCUUGACAUGGCAGCCAAAGGCCCCCUGAGGCAGACCUUUACCCACAAUCCCCUGCAGCAAGCAACAGCACCCAUGUCAACAGCAAAAUUGGCCAGUCCAAAGCAAGAACAACAGCCAAAGGGUGGAAAGAAAAGGCCCUGGGAGGAGACGAUAGGUUAACAGCUGGUUAGCAGACAGUUUGUAGUCUAAUUUGUAUAUAAUUAUGAAGAGACUGAGGAAGUGGAAGAGUGGGAGGAUAAUGAAUGCUGGGUGGGAUACAUGUAUCAUGCUAAAUGCAUUAUUGUACUAACAUUAAAGAGGAAACUGAUCACCUUA